UGUCGUCGUCACACGGAAAAACCAAAACAAGUGGAUGACAUUUCUGACAGAAGCGGCCCGAACGGCGCCACCGGGAGAAGGUAACGAGCACGAACCACGUCGAGCCGACCCGGUCCCGGUGUCCCCCGCCUCACAGUACAUACUGGAAGCGUGUCGUCACUGCUGGUUCACUCUAUUUCAGUAAGAGCGGGCUAGCCCAAUGCUAACCAGAGCUAGCAUCAUGGGAGGGGGGCGGCUGCCAUAGCAACCGUCUGAGAAACACUGUGGCGCUUAAUGCUAGCUCAACCAGCUAGCUAGCUAGAUAAUACAUCUACCACCUUAGUGACUCACGGUGAGCGCGGACCGCCUCGUCGCUCCUCGUCUAGCGGGCUUUAGAGACCUCAGAGCCCGCGGCCAUGCGUCGCUGCCCGGGUCGCGGCGGGCUGGAACUGAUCUGGGAUGUGAUCUGAUCAGACCCGAGCCUCACGUCACUUGUCAGAGGGCGACAGGAGCCGCCAGACUAUCUGGUCCACCCCGACACUCGUUUGAGUAUGGAUGUAGAUGACUGCAAUGGCUCGUCCUAUAUAUCAGGUGCAGCAAGUGGUGAGUCUUCAGUGGAGAGGGAGUUUCCUGGGGCGCCCGGGGUUCCAUCAGCAAGCACCCCCAACAGCCAGCACACCUCUCCUAGCCGCUCGCUCAGUGCUAACUCCAUUAAGGUGGAGCUGUACAGCGACGAUGAGCCGGGCCAGGGGGGUGAGGAGGACGGGGGGGAGGACGGGGGUCCGGACCACGGGGGGGAGGGCGGAGGGGCCUACAGGGAGAUGAACCACGUGGACGCCAUGACCUCUGGAGCCACUCGACUUCCCAACGGGAAGCUCAAGUGCGACAUCUGUGGCAUGAUCUGCAUCGGACCCAACGUCCUCAUGGUGCACAAGCGCAGCCACACAGGUGAGCGACCCUUCCAGUGUAAUCAGUGUGGCGCUUCGUUCACUCAGAAGGGAAACCUCCUCCGACACAUUAAGUUGCACUCGGGAGAGAAGCCCUUUAAAUGCCCCUUCUGCAGUUACGCCUGUCGUAGGAGAGACGCCCUCACCGGCCACCUCCGCACUCAUUCGGUGUCCUCCCCGACUGUAGGGAAGCCCUACAAGUGCAGCUACUGCGGGCGGAGCUACAAGCAGCAGAGCACCCUGGAGGAGCACCGCGAGCGCUGCCACAGCUACCUGCAGAGUCUGGAGACGCUGCACCCCGCCAGCACCCACCUCCCAGGAGAGGAGCUGAGGUUCACCCCUGACUCUGUGCUGCAGCCGCCCUCAGACCAGUUCCUCGACGGCCUCACUAGUAACUUCGCCAAGCGAAAGAGAUCAACACCACAGAGAUUUGUAGGACAGAAGCACAUGCGUCUCAACAUGGCCGACGCGCCCUACGAGCUCAGCGCUGCGUUUGAGAAGGACGGAGACCUGAACCCUGCCCACCUUGAGACGCCGCACUUCCCCGGUCUGGGGGGAGACUACGCCGCUGCCCCGGGUGGAGGAGGUGGAGGUGAUGGAGGUGGAGGAGGGGAUGGAGGAGGAGGAGGAGGGCUGACGGAGCAGCCCGCGCCGCCCCGCGGCCCUCAGUCGGCUCGGCCCUUGCGUUUGUCGGAGCUCCGCCCCUUGCUCAGCUCCGCGCACAGAGCCCCGCCCCCUCCGCAGGGGGCGCGGCUGGACUGUAUGGGGGGCGGCGGCGGCACCGGGGGAAGGGAAGCGGCGGAGGGCCACGAGGACCUGCCCCCUGGCCGCAGCGGCGCGCCGUCGCCUAGCAACGGUUGCCAGGACUCCACGGACACGGAGAGCCUGCACGACGAGCCGCAACUCCUCCACCACCACCACCACCACCACAACAACCUCCACUACAGCGGCGGCCCGGGCCCCGCCCCCCCGCCGCCGCACCACCGGGCCCGAGGGAGACCCCUCCCCGGGCACGCCAAAGACGCGGAGCGGGAGGAGGGCGCCCCCCCGGGGGGCCACGCCUUCGCCGCCGCCCCGCCCACGCCGGGCUCCCCCGCCGCCCCCUCCUCCACCUCCCGGGAGGCGCUGCGGGUGGUGGACGGGGACGGGCGCGCCGUGCGGUCGUUCCGCUGCGAGCACUGCCGCGUGCUGUUCCUGGACCACGUCAUGUUCACCAUCCACAUGGGCGCGCACGGCUUCCGACAGCCCUUCGAGUGCAACAUCUGCGGGCACCGCAGCCAGGACCGCUACGAGUUCUCCUCCCACAUCGUCCGGGGGGAACACCUGCUGGAGUGAGGAGGUCACCUGAUCCACCAGGAGGGCUCCUAUUGGAAGGACCCCCCCCUGCUCCUUUUGGAGGGAACCCGCUGCUCCUAUUGGAGGAACCGCCCUGCUUUGCUCCUAUUGGAGGAACCCCGUUGCUCUGCUCCUAUUGGAGGAACCCCGUUGCUCUGCUCCUAUUGGAGGAACCCCCUGGCUGAGUUUGAUCUGCACAACGUACCCACAGAAGGAUCGGUAGUGGUCCACACUUUAACUAGUAGAUUCUCUGGAGAGGUGUGGCUUAAAGAGAACUCCAAGGAAGGUCACAUCAUUUUAAAUCUAAAAACAAGGUCCUAUCAUUCUUAAUGCACUUUGAACGAUGAAUAUCUCUGAAAAUGCACUUUUGAAUUAUUUUAUUAUAGUAGAUGAGUCAUCACUGCACCUUUCUAUCUUCAGAAGUGCCUUGCUCUAAAACAAUAUUUGACCCUUUGCUUUCUGAUCAACAGUAUAUGCUUGAUGUUAUUUAAUGUCUGAGAAGUUCCCCUCGUCUGCACUUUGACCGAGAUAUUGUAAAAGAAUAGCUUAAGAUGUGGUCGCGGUCCUUUUUAAAACGAGCUCACCGUACACGGUGAAGUCGACACUUGUAUUCCUUUUUCUUUUUUUUUAAGAUAAUCUUAAGAGCACUUUCCUCCAGCUUCAUUCCUCCACUCUCUGAAGGUGGGGGCUUCUCUGUCGGGGCCAGGAGGGGUUUCGAAUGCAGACCAAACUUGGCCCGACCUGUACGAGGAAACGGUCUGGACCUCGGUUAGGAAAGCACUUUGUUAGCUGUGGUGAGCUGUGUGUGUAGAGGAUGAAGGGACAGGGAAGAGACCCAUGUGAAGGGAAACUGAAAGGCUUUUAUUGGUGUGAAUGGUGGAUAGUAAUGUAUGAUAUAUCUAUUUUUCUGGCUUUUGUUGCACUGAUACCUGCCGGAACACAAUUAUAUGAAAAUAUUUUAUGGAAGAAUACAUUUAUGACAUGCACAUUUCACUGAAAGUCUAAGGAAAGAAGGUUAUUUUUUUCAAAAAAGAGUCAAAGCGUUUCAAAUUCCCUGCCACUGCCACUCACAGGAAGACGACUCAUCCAUGAAGAUGUCCUGAACCCCUCCCCUUACUAGAAACACAACCAAACUGUUUAUGUGGGGUGUAUUUCAGGUAGUGUACAGUUUGGACGGUGCCUUUAUGACCGGGACUCAAUUGAAGGACAUGAAACCAAGCGUCACGUCUCGACAGGUGAUCCUCCACGUUGUCGGCGACUCUGAGCGAACUCUUCUGGACCUCUGAUUGGGUUCUGCAGGGACGGAAGAGGCAGACGUACACAGUGGGAUCUAUUCCAACUCCCUUUUCGGAGAAGUAGCGUAUGCUUAUUUGAGAUGGCCUUGAGGUGCAUUGGAUUUGAAACACGUUUGAAAUGAAGCUUUCUGAAGUUUGAAGUUUUCUGCCCGUUAGUUAUAACCUGGCUUUAUUAUCGUCAUAGAAUAUUAAUUGACCGCCCAUUUGAUGGAAGAAUUCACUUUAUAUUUCACAAGUAGUUGAUGUUUGAAAUGACAUCCUGUAGCGUUUGGGUUCGAUGGCGUUUCAGUGCUGUUGAGCUGCUCUGUUUUGAUUCUCCUCUCUGGAAUUUCUACCAGCGGUCUGUUUAAACUGCAAAUAGGCGUCCUUAAUAUUUUUUUAAGCAGAGGAAGUGGGGGGGGGUUAAGUCGUUAAACUCAACACAUUUUUCUUGGACUUGGCCAAAGAACAUCUUCUCAUUAUGAUGUUUGUACUGAACGCGUUUCCUUUGAUGUGGGAGAGGUGGAGUCCCAUCUUUGAGUUCCAUAUACCGGUUCAACGGGUCGUUGGUACCAUCAGUGAUUCUGUCCCCUGAUCUUGUCCAAAUAGGUGUGCAAUUCCUGCCCUGGUUGACGGUGUUAUUCAUGUUGACCUCAGUUCCUCCUGCAGGCACCGCUGAUACACAACACUGUUUUCAUCGUUUGUUUUGUCUAUCUUUAGAAAAAGAAAUCCACUUCAUUUAAGAUGGUCCCCUUUUUAAAAAAACGUUAUGCCCUGUACUAGCCGCAAGACACUGACAUGUUUUUAUAUAGUUUCACUCGUUCACUGUAUUGGUAGUGACUGAUGUAAAUUCACCCCAUGGGCGUCUCAUUCAGAUGAUUCUGCAUGCGUUUGUGUAUUACAAGGUGGAAUGUGUUCACACACCAUUGUUGUAAGAGAGCGAUCUAAAGGAAAGACCCCUGGUGUGAUGAGAGGGUGAAAUUCGUUCAGUCUGCCUUGCUUCUGUGCCUUUUGCCUUGGGAGUUCACCGUGUAAUUCUUCAAUGUUUGGUGUGCUAAACAUUUUGUUCCCCCCGUUCACAUCAGAGUGCUAAAUUAGGACAACAAUCAAUGGCUGAAGUGGGCAGAAUGGUAGACUCCACCUAUUGAGGGAGACCUCACCCAGCGGUAAAUCACUGCCACCGUUGAGCUCUGAUACGGCCGCUGGUCACCUGACACACUCGUAUCAGUGCCUAGUUCCCCACGCUUAAGAAGUUUACCUGUUUGUGAUCUGAUGCUGAAUCGUGUCCAUCUCCUGUUCCUGCAACGCCCGAAACUGCUUCUUAAAAUCAGCACUGUAAAUACUCUCUGAUCGCUUUAAGUAACUGCAGAGCCUUUUUAAAUGUAUCCAACGUAUGCAAGUACUUGUUUCAAUCUUAAAACUACUGUCGGUUUUGUACUGUAAGCAGAGUCUAUUAAAAAAUAAAAUAUUUGACAAACUA